ACUUCCUCAUUGAGAGUGCUAGCAGCGACAACCUCGUCAGUCCAGGGACGUUUGUGGUUGAAACAACACUGUGCGCUUUUUUUUUUCGCUUAAUUUACGAGCCUUACAAAUGUCGAAGCCUCCUCCUAAGCCGGCCAAACCAGGCCAAGUCAAGGUGUUCAGAGCUUUGUUCACCUUCGACCCAAGAACACCAGAUGAGUUAUAUUUUGAAGAAGGAGACAUCUUGUACGUCUCUGACACAAGUGACACUAAUUGGUGGAAGGGGACAUGUAGAGGAAGGACAGGACUAAUUCCAAGUAACUACGUGGCUGAGCAGGCAGAGUCUAUCGACAAUCCAAUGCAUGAAGCAGCCAAACGAGGCAAUUUGAGCUGGCUGAGAGAAUGUGUGGACAAUAAAGUUGGAAUCAACGGUUUGGAUAAAGCUGGAAAUACUGCCCUCUACUGGGGAUGCCACGGAGGACAUAAAGAUGUGGUGGAGCUUUUGCUCAGCCAGUCCAAUGUGGAGCUCAACCAGCAGAAUAAACUUGGAGACACCGCGCUACACGCUGCUGCCUGGAAGGGUUAUUCUGACAUUGUGGAAAUGCUGCUUAACAAGAAUGCAAGAAUAGACAUCAGGAAUAAUGAAAAUAAGCUGGCUCUGGACAUGGCCACAAAUGCCCAGUGUGCUUCACUUCUCAAAAGGAAACAGGGAGGCAGCGUCGCCCGCACACACAGCAAUGCUGAAGAGUAUUUGGAUGAUGAAGACUCGGACUGAGCUGGCCCUGUUAAACCAUUGCCUCGGUCUUAAAUUGGGUUUUGGGGGUCAUGAUAUUUGCAGAGUUUUAUUACAGGACCUAAAAUGGAUUUGCUGUGUAACUGUAAUUUCAUUUUUAGUUCAGUUAUUUUGUUCAAACACCUCACUU